AUGGAGAGGGACAAAUUCAUCGUCCCCGGUACACCCCUUCCUUGGUCUUGGGCUAAAGCGGAACCGCCUACAGCCGACCCUUCUUUGAUUAUGUACAAUCCUACAGGCAUUUUUGCCUUCAUGCCCGAUAACAGAGGAAGGAGUUGUAAAGUGAACGAAAAUGAUCAACCGAACUAUCUGUUAGCUUUCAAGACCGAAGAUGGCACAGUGGUUUACCGUCAAGAUGUCGUGAACACGUGGUCGAGUGUACUUGUACGGGCUCUCGUCUCCUACACAGUCGUACAGAACACUCGAGAAGUCGAUCCUCAACCUGCCGAAAGUCAACGAAUUAUGGAACAAUCUCAGAAAGACUACGAAAAAUGGCAAGCAAUAUUUCAUGAAAUCAAUUACUCGAUUCUGGCCAUCAUAGGAUUUGAACAAGAGGGUCAACUACCUUCACGAUGGAAAACCAAAGGUCCAUUCAACAAGCGUAAUAUAGAAAAUUACCCAAAGCGGCUCACGUCAGGGUCUCGACCUGCUCUUCUAACUACUGCGUUCCUCGAUCUUUGUGCCGAUAUGAGCGUGUGCAAAGAAGCGAACGAAUACCCUCAAGGUCUUAACAUGCUGUUUGAGAGAGAGGGAGAAAUGGAUAUCUGCUCUCGUCUCCGAGCGCAAAUAGUCGACGAUGAAAUCAUCCGGAAAUUGAAGCUUCUUUCCGCAUCUAUCGACUGGGGUGACCGAUCUAAGGUUCAAGUCCCAGAUUAUGUCAGGCAGACACUUGAUUCACUGAAAGAGAUUCGAGAGGCUGUGGACCAACUUCUGGCACUGUUCUGCCUCUCGCUUCUCAUCAGAAUUGGUUAUUUUGUGUACCUAGCAUUGUACGAUGACGAGUAG